UUUUAACGGUCAGUAUACGGUCACACUUGCACCCACUGUUAUCUCCUGGAAUUGAAGUGGAAUUCACUUUCCUUGGUAAAUUUCACUGUUUGAAUUGAAUUCGGCGGCACCCCCUCCAACCAUCGGAACCCAACGUUGACAUGGCAACGAGGCGGAUGAACGCCUGCAUUUAGUGCCCAACCAGCGACAAGCGAUGACUGUUUGGGGCAUAGAGGCCAUUACACUGAACGGAUCGUCGGCGAGGGAAAGCGUGGAGCACCUGGUGGAAAGCGUCGUGGGAGAUCGGGUGAUUCCGGAAGCGGGAGCCAUGAAUUCCGUGGAGCGCUACCGGCAGGAGUGGGCGCAGCUGCUGGAGAACCUCGAUGCCGAGCCGGAGGUACUCCGCCAGUCUGCAUUCGCCGGGGACCUAAAGAUGUCCAAAUUCCGGAGCGUUCACUGGGCCCUUCUGCUUCGGGUCCUGACCUCCGAGCACCGGAGUUGGAUCAGCCAGCGACUCCAGCAGCGGGUGAGGUACGACAAGUUCCGGGCGGACUACGUCAGGAAUCCCCACCAACUGGCCGUGGACUGCAACGAUGAUCCCCUGUCGCAGUCGACGCAGAGCGUCUGGAACCAGUACUUCAGUGACCAGGAGCUGUUUGCCGUUAUAAGGCAGGAUGUGGUGCGCACCUUUCCGGGCGUGGACUUCUUCCGAAAACCACUGGUACAGAAUGCCAUGGUCAACAUACUGUUCUACUACGCCAGGGAGCAUCCGUACAUGUGCUAUCGGCAGGGAAUGCACGAGAUCCUGGCUCCCAUAAUCUUUGUGGUCUACAGUGAUCACCAGUCGUUGCUGCACUUUAGCGAGCUGGCCAAGACGGAUAUCAAUCCGACGCUUCUAGACGUGCUGGAUCCCGCAUUUCUGGAGGCGGAUACCUACUCUUUGUUCUCCCGCCUUAUGGCCUCCGUGGAGUCGUACUAUCGCGUCUCGAAUCUGGUCUCCACUCCCGGUGGCCACAUCGAGCAGCGAGCCGAGACUCCCGGGGACAAUGAGGCGCCGACGGAGGCGGAGGUUAUCAGCCAGCUGAACUUCAUACGGGACAAAAUACUCGCCAAGCAGGACCAGCACUUGCACCACUAUCUGCAAAAGAUGGAAAUCCCGCUGCACAUAUUCGGCAUUCGAUGGCUACGACUUCUCUUUGGACGGGAAUUCAUGCUGCUGGACCUGUUGCUGCUGUGGGAUGCAAUCUUUGCGGACAGCGAUCGCUUUGAUCUGCCCAACUAUAUUCUGGUGGCCAUGCUGGUGCACAUCCGUGAAAAGCUGCUUCUUAGCGACUACACCACAUCGCUAACUUAUCUUAUGCGCUAUCCUGGCAACGUGGACGUUCAUCUGGUGCUGCGACAUGCCCUGUUCAUGCUCAAUCCCAAGCAGUUUGACUACCCCUCGAACGCCUUCACCUGUGUGUCCUUUACCAACAGCGCUGCGGACAAGGAAGUCCCUCCUCCAGCGGGUCAGCGGCCGCGCACCGUCUCAGAAACAUCAUCUGUAGCUACCAGAGCCAGUCAGAUAGAUCGGCAAAUCACAUUCAUGCAGGAGCGCAAUGCGGCGAAUUCUUCAGCUCUGGCCAAACUACAGGAUUCCCAUCGAGUGGCCAUGGAUGGAUACUUAGAAAAUAGUCCCGAGCUACUCCGAUUGGAGCUGAAGAAUGCUCAAACAGUAAUUAAGAUAGCGCGCAGUAAGUUGCAGAACUACCUGGGCACUGUGCGUCAUCACGUGGGAAAGCAAGCGAAUGGAAACGAGGAGCUUAGCCGAACGCUGGACGGGAUUGAAGAGCUGUGCAGCUUUCUGGAUGUCAAGUUCAUGUUCCCGCUGCACGCGCGAUCCGCGCCAAUCGACCAGGCACUGGAAGCCAACGAGCAGAAGCAGCUGAACACAACCAGCCUACCCCCGAAAGCAACACCCUCUUCCACUCCCAUGGCGACUCCUCAACCGCCCAACAAUGCAACAGUGGGCUAUCAAAUCCCCGAGAACGCCUUCAUGCACAGCUCCAUGCGUCGUCUACUUGGAGAAUUACGUGAAAUCGAGCUUUCAACGAUAACGAGCGAUGAGAAGCCGGGAGAAGCGGUGCUCCAAAACGGAUUGCCAGCUGCAGAGCCACAGCAGCGGCACCAAAACGAAUUAAGCUGAUCGAAAGAUCCUUUCCUAACGACUGAACUUGAAUUUAGACUUAAAAAGAGCAACCACAAAGUGGCUGAAUCGGAAUAAUUGAAGAGUAUCAUUAAAAGACAUACGAUAAAAAUAUAUUUUGGACUUCGGCAAGUCUGUAAACCUAAUAAAUCAAUCCAAUUUUUAAGUGCUUAAGCAGAAAAAAAACCGUUGUAUUUUAAUAGUAUGGGAAUGGUUCCGAAACAAAUCGCCUUCAAAAACAUGCAUGUCUCGGAACAAGCACUUUCGCUUUUUAUGUGUCAAACUAGAAUGUUUACAAUCUGUUCUAAUGUGUCACCUUGAAAGGAACUCCUUUGGUCUAGUACCUAAACAGGAUCGGUCAAUCUUAAUUUGAAAUAAUUAUCUUGCUUGCAAGUAUUCUUCUGUAACUUAUGAAAUAAGUGAAUUGAAGCAAAUUUAAAUAAUGAUAAUGCCAAAAACUAUA